AUGACCAACAGCUGCGCCUUACAGGACAUCCAGUGCGGAGAAUACCUCACCGUUUACGUGCAAGCGUUUGAUGACGAAUGUCAGAGUCCGAUGGCGCUGGCUCCUGUAGCUCAAACAGGUGAGGAGACAGAAGGUAGAUACAGAACCUGGAACUCACCAUCUUGCUCUGGCGCCUCUCUUUCAGCUCCGUGUACUCCCCAGAAUGUGGCAGCAGUGAAGGACUGCAGCCCCGAUGCCAUCACGGUGACCUGGGAUCUGUCCAACGGGGCUAUUUUUUACAUGGUGAUGGCGAGAGGCAGCGGUGGUGCCGUUAACAGCUGUAACUCCAUGGAUCUGACCUGUAAGGUCACAGGGUUGCAGUGCGGCACAAACUACACGGUGACUGUCAUCGCCUCCAACUUUAACUGCAACAGCUCCGAGAGCAAGAGCAUCACCACAGCGACAGCUGCUUGCCCACCGAGCCACGUCGCCGCCUCCCUGAACUGUGACACCAACGAGGCGGUGAUUUCGUGGCUGGGCUCCCCCACGCUGAACUCCUACACCGCCACCAUCGUAGAUGAGAACCUGGGGCUGCUCAGCUGCAGCUCCACGACGACCAGCUGCAGCAUACCCAACCUGACCUGUGGCCGGCUCUACACGGCCACCGUGUGCUACCACGACGGCAGCUGCCCCUGUCUCCCCUCUACCGCCGUCUCCUUUGACUCAGUUCCCUGUGGGCCGGCCAACGUGCAGGCGCGGGUCGACUGUGCGUCAGGUGGACUGACCCUCGGCUGGAACGCAUCCAAAAACGCAGAGGGCUACAUGACUGUGAUCACCAGCAGCAACACGACGCGCUCCUACAACAGCUCUCAGCCCACGCUGAGCGUUAACACCCUCCCGUGCGGGCUGGUGUACACAGUGAGGGUCAGGUCCUUCAAUCACACGUGCCUCAGCUUUGCCUCGGUCCUACCCGUCACAGAGACGCCAUGUGUCCCGUCUAACGUGAUGGUGAAGAGAAACUGCAGCCAGAGCUUCAUGGAGCUGACAUGGCAGGCGAGCAGCGGUGCCAAGAUCUACACAGCGGUCGCCGUGGGUAGAGACAACGUUGGCCACACGUGCGUGUCCAACACCACAUGGUGCCGAGUCGACGGCCUGUCGUGCAGCCAGGUGUACGACGUCAGCGUGGCGGCCGCGGACGACGCCUGCACCAGCGCGGGGAGCCCUGCGGUGAAGCAGCCCACAGUGCCCUGUCCUCCGCUGCAGCUCAACGUCUCUCUGGACUGCAGCACCAACGCUGCCGCGCUGACCUGGAGCAGCAGCGCCAACGCGCUGUCCUACACCGGCAGGGCGGUCAGCGCAGACGGGCACAGCGUGACCUGUGACGCUGGGGCGGCGCUCGGCUGCCGGCUGCAGGGUCUGCUCUGCGACAGGGACUACAACUUCACGGUGUCAGCCUCCGACGGCAGCUGUCACAGCCUCGACAGCCAGCCGCUCAUCCAGUCCACAGCCCCGUGUCCUCUUCAGAACGUGACCAACACCUUGGACUGCACCUCUAACGCGCUGACCGUCAGCUGGGCACCGCGGUCCAGACCGGUCAACUGCAGCGCCAGGGCCGUGUCCAGGGCCGGAGCUGAGGUCCUGUGCUCCACGCAGGGUUCCAGCUGCACGCUGCCUUCGUUGAAGUGUGGCGAUCAGUAUAACGUCACGGUCAAAGCCACCAGCAGCACAUGUGAAGGACCCAGCAGCGUCGCGACUGUUGUUUAUUCUGGCGUCGUGGACUGUCCCAACAACACGCUGCAGAUGUCCUGGGACGCUGCUGCCGGUGCAGUGUCCUACAUGUCCACAUUGAGGGGACCAGGAAACUCGUCCAUUUCCUGUGUCACCACUGAUCUCAGGUGCCUCUUCCCCGUCCUCCAGUGUGCUCAGACGUAUACGCUGAGUGUGGCCGCCCUCGGCAGCACGUGUAACAGCUCUAACAGCAACGUGGUCUCAGCACGAGCAGCUCCCUGUGACCCUAAAAACGUGACUGCCGUCCUGAACUGCGUCUCCGGCGUGGCCACGGUCUCCUGGGGAGCCAGCGCCGGAGCGCAGUAUUACACCGUCCUGGCCAGGUCCAACGGCCUGGUCGACUCCUGUAGCUCCAGCGGCACCUGGUGUCAGCUAAGCCAGCUGCAGUGUGGGGAGGACUACACUGUGACGGUGUUGGCAGGGGACGGCAGGUGCAACAGCUCCAUACUGGCCAAAACCAACGUGACCACAGCUCCCUGCGCUCCCGUGAUCCAAAGCUACAACCUGGACUGUAGCUCCAACCGUGCGGUGGUCACCUGGGUCCAGGACAAGGACGCCAUUAGCGUCACGGUCGGCGCCGCCUCCAUCCUGGGAUACUCGACUUCCUGUAAUUCCUCCAACAGCAGCUGUGUGCUGGCUGAUCUGCAGUGUGGGAACACUUACACUGUCCAGGCUGCUGCACAAGGACUCCAGUGUUUGAGCAAACCCAGUUCUACGUUUACAAUCGUCACAGCGCCUUGCACCCCUGCCCACGUGGAGUUCACGUACUCCUGCGUCUCUGGCAUCGCUGUUUUGACCUGGGACGAGACUCUGGGCAGGAAGAGUUUCUACGCCGUUGUCCAGUCUGGAAACAACACAGCCGUCUGCAUGACAGACCAAACCGACUGCUCCCUUCCCUCGCUGCUCUGCGGAACCAGAGCUCCACGCUGGGCUAAGCUGUAUUCCCAUGCCUUUGCUUCCCACCCUCCAGGCCCCUGUGCCCCGGCGAAUGUGAGCACCUCCUUGGUGUGUGACAACAACACGGCGGCCGUGAGCUGGCAGCCCAGCGGCGCUGCAGCUUACUACCAGGUGAGGGCGCUCGGCAGGAACGGCGACGUCAAACAGUGCAACACGAGCAGCACGAAUUGUCUUCUACCCAACAUGGUCUGCUCUGAGACCUACAUGAUCACCGUGAGCCCCUACUCUGCAACCUGCAAGGGCAUCGACAGCUCCCCGUACAACUAUGUCACAGGCUCCUGCCCUCCCACCAACGUCCAGGUGUCCCUGCGCUGUGACAACAACGUGGCCCACGUGAACUGGACAGCUGCCCUGAAAGCAGACUUGUAUGUGGUCACUGCCGUGGAUCUACGCACACACAACUGCACCUCCAGUCAAACGGCCUGUGACCUCAUGGACCUCAGCUGUGGCGUGACGUCCGUGGUCACCGUGGUCACCGUGGAGCGGGGAUGCAGGAGCCAGCCCAGCCUGCCCGUCACCUUCCAGUCUGUCAUCUGUCCGCCUGCCAACGUAUACGGAGUGACAAACUGCAUGAACAGCGACAUCACGGUUCUGUGGGAUCCGAGUCCCAGAAGUGAUGUCACCUACCUACUCUACUCUAAACAAUAUAGAGGAGCCAACGCGUACACUUACACCACGCAGCAGACGUCCUACGUGGUCACCGGGCUGCUGUGCAGCAACCUGUACAUCUUCAGGGUGGCAGCGAGAGACAGUUCCUGCACCAGUGUCCUUAGCGACCCGACACAAAUUGAAACGGCUCCGUGUCCACCCACCAACCUGACAGCCAGCACAGACUGUGGCACCAGCAUGGGAACGCUGAGCUGGGUGCCCAGUCUGUAUGCUACCUCCUACACGGCUACUGCGACUGGAAACCGCAAUAACCACAGAGCUUCCUGUUCCUCCAACACCACAGCCUGCUCAAUGAAGCUGGUCUGUGGGGACCAGUAUUCAGCGGUUGUGGUAGCUUCCAGUGAAACCUGCAACAGCAGCACAGGAGCUAAUCUAACAUUCAACUCAGCUCCGUGUCUGCCCGACAAGGUGACAGCUCAGGUGAACUGCACCGCCAACUCCUUUGCAGUGCAGUGGAGGCCGGGCCUGGGCAACCCUGUGUCCUACACCGCCAUCGCUAUUGCCAACAAUGACACACAGUCAACUUGUGAUUCUACUGGCACCAGCUGCACCAUUUCCAGCCUGAAAUGUGGCCUCACCUACGGCCUUGUGGUCACCACAUCCUCAGUCAGCUGUGGCACCAUCGAGGGCUCGGACUACAAAGUGCAGUCAGCUCCGUGCAAACCAAACAACGUGUCGGUGGACCUGCAGUGCAGCACUAACGUGGCCCUGGUGACCUGGGCAAACGCGGGUCCGGACCAGACUCAGGUGGUGACUGCUGUGGACAGCAGAGGAGGCAGCACCAGCUGCACCUCCAACAGCUCCAGCUGCACCUUCAACAGCCUGACCUGCGGAGAGAGCUACGUCGUGAGCGUCGCUGGGCACACCAAUUCCUGCAGCAGUGAACUGGCUGCUGCUCAAGGCUUUAACACAGCUCCGUGCUCUCCCAACCACCUCACAGCUACAGUGGACUGCGGGACCGGUAUCACCACGGUCAUUUGGGACGCGGCCCGCGGUGCCACAUCCUAUACAGUCUAUGCUCGUGGCACGCUCGGCAGCAAUGCUGAAUGUAACACCACAGACACGAACUGUAACUUUCAAAACCUGGCAUGUGGGCAGCUCUACAGCAUUUCAGUGGUGGCUCGUCACAACUCCUGCAUCAGCUUGGUCAGUGGCACCUUCGAUUUCAUCACAGGUCCUUGUCCUCAGAGUAAUCUGAACACCACGCUGGACUGCAGCACCAACACGGCCACAGUGUUUUGGAGAACUGGCAGAGGCAUCCUGUACUACAACGCCUCAGCCGAGGCCUUGUCCGCACCAAGCCACUCCUGCUCCACCAAUGGUUCCUCCUGUAAUAUCACCUCUCUGAGUUGUGGGCAGAGCUACAAGGUGAGCGUCAGUGGGCAGGGACAGAACUGCCCCAGUCCUGGCCAGGAGUGGAACAUGAUCAACACAGCUCCCUGUCCGCCCAUCAACGUGACGGUCAUCUCCUCCUGCACGUCAAACACCAUAACAGUGUCAUGGCAGGCGUCGCAGGGGUCAGCGUCUUACGUAGCAGUGGCUGAGAAUGCGCAGGGUCAGCAGUGGUCAUGCACCACCAACAGCACCAGCUGCCAGAUCCCGGGGCUGCUCUGUGGUCAGGAGUACCAGGUCUACGUGACUGGUGUUGAUAAGCAGUGUAACGGGGCCAGGAGUCAAACUAAAGUCAUUCACACAGCUCCCUGUGUUCCGUACAACAUACAGAACAGCCUCGACUGUCUGUCUGGGGUCCUGAACGUCACAUGGCAGUCGACAGGCUACUUUCUACAGUUCCGCACCUCAGUUGUGAGCAGCAAAGGUCAAGUCAGCGUCUGCACGACUGAUAAGCACCAGUGUGUUAUACCCAAUCUGCUGUGCGGCCUAGCCUACAGUGUUACAGUGGUGGCCCAGGAUUCCACCUGCAACAGCUCCCAGAGCCCAGUGCAGCAAGUCUACACCGCUCCCUGCCCCCCCUCAUCAUUCCUGACCACGCUGAACUGCAGCACUGGAGCUGUAUCUGUGACCUGGAACGGCAGUGAGCCGGGAGCCGUGUAUGUGGUGACAGCAGUUGACACCGCUGGGCAUCAAGACAACUGCACCAGCACGGGCGGCGGCUGUGGUCUCAGCACGCUGCAGUGUGGGAAUGAGUAUAACGUCAGCGUCACACCAUUCAGGAACGGGUGUGUUGGCAGGACCAGCCCCACAACCCUCAUCAAAACAGGCAAACACUCAAUACUCUUGUUGUACAUUUUUAGUAUUUGCAAAAUUACAGUAAGCCAAGUUGUGACGUUGCCCUCGCUCUCCUCCAGUUCCCUGCGUCCCUAA